UCCAAAGGAGAUGGGACUUUAACCUGGUGUCUCGGGUUAGAGACGCAACCAAAGCACCACAAGAUGCUCCCCCCUCCCAAAAAAAAUGGGGAUACCUUCAGAAGUCAGGAUGGUUUUGUCAUUUGUUGCAUUUUAAUUUCUGAACAGGGAGAGAAAGAGAGAGAGAGAGAGAGAGGGGCCUGUCUGUCAGCUUUGAAUUCCAGCCUUUCCCACCAGGAGAAGGGGGAGCUCGCCGCUGCAGUUCGGGGCGGAUUUUAACCGCAGAAACUGCACUUAUUUCACUCCCAGCGCAACAUCACGCCCGUCCAGCCGACCGCCCACUUUUCCUGCCCUUCCCUCUGCUUCAGCGCAAUUUCCGGCAGUGGUUCCCGUCCUCCUGAAACCCCCCCCCAAAGAUAACGCUAAAAGCCAUCGAGCCGAAUCUUAACCUUGGCUCCUACUUGCCCCAGCCAUGGCUGCUCGGAGGGGGAAGGUGGCCCGCCGGUUUUCAGACACCUCCCUGAAGGUGCUGGUGGCGGCUGUCAGAGCCAGGGCCAGAGUGCUCUUCCCUCGCUCCAGCAAGAAGGUCCACGGCAGCCUGUCCAAGAAAGCGUGGCUGGAAGUGGCCGAGGAGGUCAGCAGGCUGAGCAUCACCCCGAGGACCUGGAUCCAGUGCCGGAAGAGAUUCAAUGAUCUCACUCGUUCAGCCAGGGAAAAGGCAGCGCACAACGUGAGGGAGAGGAGCAGGUUGGGUGGGGGCACAACUGAUGUUGUAGCUCUCACCCCUGUGGAGCAAUCGGCGAUGGACAUUUGCGGGACGCCGAGGGAGAUCAGCAUCGGAGACGGCGAGGCCGGCGGUUUCUCCAAGCACGGCGACUGCUUCACCAUCGUGCCUCUUCACACGGCCCAGGCAAUUCCAGUCAGCAUCAAGACCUCGCCCAGUCCUCGGGAGGUUUUCCAAGUGGAGCCUUCGGUGGAAGACAAACCCGCGGCCUCCCCCGCGAGCGCGGAGCUGGCCGAGCCAGGGCCGGGCCUGAGUGAGGCCCAGGGCCCGGCUCCGCUCGGCGGGACGGAGCAGAAACCGGAGGCCCCGGGCCAGGGCCUGGGUUUGGAGGUGUCGCGUCGGCGGGCCUUACCUUUCCCCGGUGCCGCCGAGUGGGAUGACCCGCGGGACCCGGCCAUCAAACGGAAGAUGCUGGAAGCUCACCACCGGCUGUACCAGGUGUUGGAGGGCCUGCCGAAGACACUGAGCGCCAUGUCCGAGAGCAUGGAGGAGUCCACCUCUGCCAUGUGCGGGGUGGUGUCGCACGUGAUUUCCACUCUGCAGUCCACCCUGGAAAGCACAAGCACCCCCCAGGAAGGUGCGGUGGCAGAGCCCCCUCAGCCGGAGACCCCAUCGCCCACCCUCGAGGCUCUGAUCGAAGCUCAAACGGCUGCCGUCCAGGCGCUGGGCGCCGACGUUUGCUCAGCCCUGGAGCGGCUGACAGGUCGGCUGGACACCCUGGUGGACCGCGUCGACCGGGGCUUCGAGACACUCUCCCACCUCCUGCGGUGCGCCUUGCCGCUGGCGGGAGGGAGCGAGGAGGCGAAGCCCAGCGAGGGCGGCGACGCGAGCGGGCAGGCGAGCUUCGCCCUCACUCGCGGCGCCUGCCCACCUUUCCCACCAAGCCCUCCGCCUCGCGCUGCUCAGCCCACGCCGCCGAACGGUCAGCUGAGCCAGAGGGCGCUAGCGGCCGGCCCGGCGGCACAUCCGCCCCAGGGCCCGGCCCCGCGAGCACGCGCAGCCAGGAGCCAACGGUCGCGACCGUCGCAGGAGCCGCCCGCUCUUUCCUGCCUCACUGGAGGAACAUCUCGUCGGAGUGGCAAAGUUGGGCUCUCGCAUUGACCAGGAACCAAGUGACAUCAAAUAGGAGUGCAAUUACUAGUGAGAAUCAUCUGGAGGAGGAAGAGAUCCAUUAUACUGCACUGAACCUAUCGCCAACAAAUCGAACACGUAGUGCAGCAUGUCAAAUGGUG